GCACCACCAUGGCAAAGGCCAAGAACCAGCAAGUCUCCAAGCACUCGCGCGCCGCCCGCCGCGCCGAGUUGCCCGUCGACAAGUCCCUUCUGCCCGACGCUUCGUCUCUUCCCAAGCACAAGCCAAAAGCCGAGGUCAGCGACUCCGUGCUCGCUGCCCAAAAUGCCGGCGUCUCCAAGAAGCAGAAGCAGAAGCGCAUGACCCACCAGCAGCGCAUGCGCCAGGAAAAGGCCAUGGACCGCGCAGAGGCCGUCAUGGACCAGCUGGAGAAGAAGGUCUCCGAGAGCAAGAGGAGGGGCAGGAAGGUGCAGGACCGAAGAAAGGAGUGGGAGGCUCUGAACGGCGAUGCUAAGAAAAAGGUGCUGGCUGCCGACGAGGACAACGACGAGGACGACGUGGAUAUGGAUGUCGCGACUGGGUCAAAACAGGCUACGCUGGCGAGCAUCAACGCGGCUACCGUUGCAGCCUCGGGCAGGAAGCCUGCGCCCAAGGCUCCGGUCGCAGCUGAGCCCGAGGCCGAGACUAUGGAGGAUGAGGUGUACUGAGCUCUGCCGGACGGACGUCUUGGUAUUACACACCUACCUCCAGGUUUCUUUGCGCUAUAACGUCACGAUGCGGUUCGGCUACACUAUCCUUCCUUUGAACGCCCGCUGGCAGCGAACAACGACCAUGUGAAGGAGCAUGGAGUAUUCAGCCCGGGCUUCUUAGCGAUGAGGCUAUCCGUCCUAAAGGCCUGUUAGGUCGUUAAAAGUUUUUCUGGAGCAGAUACACUAUACCCCUGUUAUGACCACGGGAAGACGAAAUGAAUACUGUCUAUAUCUGUCAAUGCAACCUAAUGCAACAAAAUUCAAGCCUUACAGAUGGAUCGCUCAGAAUUCUUCGCAUUUAUAGACGACAGUGGUAAAGUCUCUUGACAGCCA